CCUGAGAAAUAGACGUGUUUUCUUAAACGUUUCAUUUAAAUUAAAAGAGAGCGUGGCAUAAAAGAACCAAAUAUAAAAUUUUAAUAAUAAUAAAAAAAAACAAAUUAUUAAAAUCUUUAUUAAAUAUAAAGAAGUGUUAAUAAAAAACAAACGAGUUUUUUUUUUAAAUCAAGAUUUAAGAAAAAAUAUUUUUUAGCAGAAACAAAAGUAAAACAUAAUUUUAUUAAUAAUUUCUAAAGAUAUUAUUAAACCAGCAAUAUUAAGUUUUUUUUAGAAAAAAAUCAAAACUAAAACCAGUAUUGUUUUUAUAGCAUUAAAAGGUCACUUGUUUAAACGAUUUAAUUUAAGUUCAAUACAGUUAUUGAAUAUUGUGUUUAAAAAAACGGUGAAUUAUUUAAAAUAUUAACAAAAAAUAGAUAUUUUUUUGAGUGCUAAAAAGAAGAAAUCUAUAAAACCAACAAAAAAUUUAAGAAAACCUGUCUUGUAUCUUAAAAAUACAAAAAUAAAGCAACAAGAAGAGACCCUGUGUAACAUCACCAUUAACAACAACAACAGCAGCCGCAGAAGCAGCAAACAGCGUUCCAAAACAAACCCACCAACCUUCGCAGAAUCUCACAUUUUAACCACUUCUUUGAGAUCGUUUUUUGUUGUUGUUGUUAGUUUUUGCGAGUCGUCUAGUAUUUAAUGGAUACGUACGGUUUAAUAGUAAAACUACUGCUACACACUACGUUUGCCACCAAUACCAAUUCACAGAGGCCAGCAGCACUGACUGCAUAAAUAAACACAGAUACUAAAACUAUCUCGAAUGUGUUUCCGUAUCUGUAUCUGUGUCUUUUAACUAUUUCAAUUUUUAAAAUGUUUGCAAACAUGAGAAUCGUGAUCUAAUAAACAUGAAUUUUAAUAAUUUUUCAAAACUGAAUGAAUUUCUAUAAAUAUCAAUAAUUCAACAAAAUAUAUAAAUCAAAAUCUAAACAAUUUGAAUAAUUUACUUAAAUAAGUGAUGCUAUUAAUUAAACGAUAAUUCCCCCCCAAAAAAAAAUCAUUUAAAAUAAAAGAGAAAUUUUUCCUACAACUAAAUUUUUAACUAAAGGAAGUCAUUCGCAUAAGAUACAUGCCCAAAAAAAGAAAGUUUGUUUUUAUUAAAUAUUCAUAAUUUUCGGUGCAAAAAAAAGUUAAAUCAUCCUAUAAAAACAUAUUUAUAAAAAAAGCUACAACAACAACGAAAAACCUUUACUACUCCCUGUUUAAGUGCUACAAACCAGAAGAAGUUUAUUGUAAAAACAACAACUGCCAGACUUGUUUCUUUCUUUUUUUUUUGCGCAAAACAUAAAAAAAGAAAACAAUAUUUCGACUAUUCGUUCUUUUUCCGCUUCUCCGUAUUUUUGUUUAUCUUCUUUUUCUUUAUUAACAAGAUAUAACUACCAACAAUAACAACAACAACACAAGUCGAAAAGAUCACUAGAUCACGUUCUUAGAAGUCUAAAGAACAUUAGUAAUAGAAACAACAUUAUCGCUAUAAAAUGGGUACAAAAAUCGAAUAUGUCGAUACAACACAUCUGUAUGCCACCAAAUACAUACGCAACUCUAAAGCGAUUGCGGUACUCUGGGCCAUAUUUACAAUUUGUUAUGCCAUCAUUGGAAUUGUGGCAUUUGUGACACCAGAAUGGGUAGGUGAUCCCGACAAUGAAAGUGCCGGUCGUUUAGGUCUCUGGCAAGUGUGUCAAAAAGAUGAGAUUUUCGAUAAUUGUAAAAGAAGAUGGGAAACCAUAUUAACGGUGCCAACAUUUUCAUUUCAAUUGGCCACAUUAUUUAUGGCGGCGUCCGUUGUUUUGGCCUUAUUGACAAUAUGUUUUCUAAUAUUUGUUAUAUUCAUGAAAUCGACACGAGUCUUUCAUAUUUGUGGUUGGUUGCAAAUAAUAUCGGCUCUCUGCAUGAUUAUUGCCUGUGGUGCUUUUCCCUUCGGCUGGAAUUCGGAUGAUUUCCGCAAAAUAUGUGGACCAGAUGCAAAUCGUUUUGAAUUGGGUUUAUGUGGCAUAAGAUGGGCUUAUCCUUUGGCCAUAAUUGGUUGCAUUGAUGGUGUGGUUCUAGCUACACUGGCAUUUAUAUUAGCAACCAGACAUGUGCGUUUACAGCCCGAUCCACUCUAUCAAAAUUCUUUAUAUAAAGGUGAAAUCAACAACAGUUAUAUAACCGAUGCUGUCAGUUUAGCUGGUUCUCGCAAAAAUCUUAAUCUACAACCUAUACUCUUAGUGGCCCCACCUGGUGAUGAUACUAUUUCUCAAUUUUCAAGUAGAACACCGAAUCAUCGAUACAACCGACCGGAUUAUCACAAUUCAAUGCAUCAGUUCUAGUAGCCCCUACAGAUAGACUAGAUUCUAUUUUUAAAUAGUUUUAAAAUUUUAACAAAAAUAAAAAAAAAACAACAACUGCCUAUUCUUGCAAUACCUUGUAACGUAUAAUGUAAUGUAUUACUCUAAUUGUAGAAGUAAUUUUUUUUAUAAGUGUUGUAACAUUUUGGACUGUUAUUUAACUUUAAAACGUUUUUAUAUACUUUAAUGUAUGUAUUUAUGUACUAUAUUAUAUGUUUUGUAUGUAUUUAUGAAUAAUGUUUUUUCUUUUGUUUUAUGUAAAGUGUAAAAUUUCUUUUUGUGUAUUUUAAUGAACAAAUUUGAAUAAGUAUAAUUGUGUGUAAAAGUACGAAUACAUUUUUAAUAUACAAUGUAAUCAAUAAUUUAGUAAGUUAAUGAAUAAAUUAUUUUUAAUUUUAUCGAUAGUU